AUGCACUACGAAGACGAAGAAAUGGAAAAACGUCCACAAGAGUACGCGCCAUACCGUUCGACGCUCGAUGAUCGCGAUCGUGCGCACGCUGCCGAGGAACUGCACGAAAACGAAGACACCCGGGACGCGUCCAUCGCCCAGUUGCGUGAAUUUAUCGCCAAACACCCACAGAUCGUACGAUGUCGCACAGAUCCGGUGUUUCUUUUGCGAUUUCUUCGCUAUCGGAAGUUUAAUGUGGCCGAAGCGUGCGCCACGUUAGAGGGUGGCCUUGCGUUUCUGAUGCGCAUGAGAACACUGUACGGCGAGGAGGUCAACACAUUCCACCCAAAUGUGCAGCGUAUGCUCGAUCUGGAUGCGAUCGUACCGCUUGGGCUCGAUCGCAAACGGCGCAUGGUGAUCCUGGUGCGCGUUGGUGCGAUGGAUCCGAAGGACACAACGGCUUUGCUGCAGAUGCGACUGGGAGCGUUGGUGAUAAAUACGUGCCUGGAGUACGAGCGGACACAGGUGCACGGGACGGUUUGGAUAGUGGACUGUUCCGGCAUGACGAUGGGGCACGUGGGCGCUUGGGGACUGAGUGAGGUGAAGAUGAUGGCCGACUCGAUCAAUGAGGUGGUGACGAUGUUCGUGAAGGAAGUGCAUAUGGUGCAGGUGCCACGAAUUACCUGGAUAAUGCUGGACUUGCUGCUACCGUUGCUGAGUCCUAAGAUACGGGAUCGGUUCAAGUUCCAUCGUACACAAGACGAACUGCGCAGCGCGAUCGAUGUAUCGAUCCUACCCACCACCUACGGUGGCGAGCAAAGCUUCAAACAGGCUGUCGAGAACUUUCGAGACAUGUUCGACGCACAAACGCGUUGGUUUAAGCUCGAGGAGCAGUUCCUGAUGGAUCUUUCCAUACCGGCGCCAGGUACGGGUGGCCGUACGGCACGCAACAACCAGCGGAACGAGUUCCCGGGUGAAGAGUCCAUGGUUGGUAGCUUCCGGAAGUUGACCGUCGAUUGA